GCCAACCGCCACAAAACUCCCUCAAGAAGAAGAAGAAGAACGUGACAGAACGCGAACGUGUUGUUUAACAUACAUUACAUUAUGAUUUUAUUUAUUUAGUCAUAAAUGUGACUCGAAGUUAAGGUCCGGUGACGCAAACAAUAUCUGCAGCCAUGCCAAUAGUGCAACAACUACGAAGGCUUUAACCGUAGAGGACGAAGCCCUCGUGAAACGCUUGCUCUCGUGUGUGGGCUGCUUUGUCAGGUGAAAUUAUGGCUGACGACCCUCAGAGGAACUUUCGCUCUGCUUAUUAUGAGAAAGUUGGCUUUAGAGGAGUGGAGGAGAAAAAGUCCCUUGAAAUACUGCUGAAGGAUAACCCUCUGGAUCUUGAGAAGCUGAGUACCUUCAGUCAACGUUUUCCUCUCCCGUCCAUGUACAGGGUCCAUGUGUGGAAGGUUCUGUUAGGCGUCCUGCCGCCCCAUAGCGACUCUCAUACCUUGGUCGGAAGCUAUAGAAAGGAGCAGUACCAAGACAUCAUGGAGGCUCUGGAAGUGAUGAGAUUCAUCAAGUCCUCCUCACCUUCCACCCAUGUGUACUUGCGUAUGUUCCAGCUGGAGAGCCAAAUGCUUCCGCGCUGCUCUGAAAUUUCACCACCGGAUAAAGAGCAUGAGGACUUCCUGUCCAUCAGUCAAGCCAUGGAGGAGAUAGUUGAGGAUCCCGUUGACUGCUAUUGGCUCAUUAAAAGUUUUGUCAGUCAGUUCCACACCAAGUUUGGAGACUCAGUUCCACAUCUUCCAAAGAGCCUGGAGCACUACCUGAGUCAGGAGGAGCCAGGCCUCCUCAGUCAUUUAAAGACCAGCGGCGCUUUGGCACAACUUCCAUACAACCUCUGGUUCAAACGCUGUUUUGCGGGCUGCCUGCCCGAGUCCAGUUUGCAGAGAUUGGAUGUGUUUUCAAGAGUGUGGGACAAGGUGAUCAGUGGCUCCUGUAAGAUCCUGGUGUUUGUUGCCCUGGAGAUUCUGCUCAGCUACAAGAUUAUGUUGCUGGGGAUGAGCCGACCGGAGGGCAUUGUCAAGUUCCUGUGCAAUAUACCGCAGGAGAACACGGACGCCAUCGUAACGAAAGCUAUCGAUUUGUGGCACAAAUAUUGUGGCACCCCGAUACACGCCAUGUGAAUUGUGGGCAAGUCAGCUCGUUGUCUUCACACUCCAGAGAGAUUUCCGACCUGGACCGUACAUACUGAUCAUCACGAUCUCAUGAGCAAUCACCGGAAAGGACAGGGAGAUGAGCAGCCAUGAUGAACAUGGUGAGAAACUGAGAAUGUUUGGAAGAGAAAAAAACCCCCAAGCAGGCAAAA